AUGGCUCCGUCUGGAUUGGCGAUUCUUUUAGGUGCCGGCCCUGCUACGGGGGCAGGCAUUGCCCGCGUACUGGCGGAUCCUGCUCGUGGAAACAUGGCAGUUGCUCUGCUUGCUCGACGCGGCGAGGUUCUGAAUGACAUAGUAGCUGGCCUGAAAACGUCGCUGGACAAGCCUGUCGUCGAGGCGUUCCCUUCCGAUACUUCACCCGACUCGUUGAAGAAGGCUUUUGCGGACAUUCGUCAGCAUCAGUCCUUCGACGGCCUCAAGCUACGUGUGGCCAUCUACAACAUCAAGCAUUCAUCCAAGAAGCCUUUCCUUGACGAAACAUAUGACCAAUUUACCGACUCUCUGGAGACAUAUGUGGGAGGCGCUUUUACCUUCGCGCAAGAAUCGCUCAAGCGUUUCUUUGCCGACCAUGGAGAAACAACUCUGGCAGAUGGCUCUCCGAAGAAGGGUACAUUGAUCUUUACUGGUACACUUGGUGCUCUCAGAUGCAACGCCGAGUAUGCAGCAUAUGGAGCAGGCAGAUCAAGCGUAAGGCAGCUUGCCCAGACCCUUGCCCGCGAGUUCAGUUCAAAAGGUGUCCAUGUAGCUCAUUGUAUCGGCAAUGGAUCCAUCGAAGACAAGAAUGGUGAAGAUCAGAAAAGUGGCAAGAAGAUCUCUGCUGAAGCUGUUGGCAAGACUUAUCUGUGGCUGUCAGAGCAAGAGCCAUGCUUGUGGACUCAUGAACUUGAUAUGAGACCCGCACAGGAGAAGUUCUAG